AUGGAAGGGCUGGUCGUGCCGCUCAUGCGCCGAGUACGUGCACACCGCGAUCGCAGCGUUGCGGGUAGCAGCGAGCCAGAGGAGGACGCCUUCGUUCUGGCAAUCUUCCGGCUCCUGUACACCCUCUGCAAGGUGCGCGGCUACAAGACCGUCGUUCGCUUCUUUCCGCACGAGAUCAUCGACCUUGAGCCGACCUUCUCCUACAUCGUCUCACACAGCUCGCUCAUGACCUCGCGCUGGCAGCUCGACGACGCGGCGACAAACUCCUGGGACUCAGCGGGUGUGAGCGAUGACGAACUUGGUUGGGAGCGUCGAUACGUGUUGUUCCUAUGGCUUUCCAUCAUCUGCCUCAUUCCGUUCAAUCUCGCCUCCUUUCCCAGUCGCCAGUCCAGCUCCACGAGCGAGCCGCGCACGCUCAUCGACGACCUGGUUGAAGAGGCGAAGAAGGACCUGAAGGCCGCCGCCAAGACCCGUGACGCUGCGGCCGAGCUGCUCAGCCGGCUGCUCACGCGGCCCGAUUUGCAGUCACAGUACCUGGAACGCUUUCUCGCCUGGGCCACCGAAGUGCUCACCAGCUCAGACGACACCUUUCUCCGUACUGGAGUGCUCACGGCACUGGCGGGCAUCUUCAAGCGGGGCAAGCGCGACGUGCUUCUCGAGCUGACUCCACUGGUGCUCCAGCACUCCGCCACGCUCAUGGAAGGAACUCUCAUCCAGAGGAAGCUUUGUAUCAAACUGACGCAGCGCCUGGGACUCGCGUUUCUCAAACCUAAAGUCGCCAUUUGGCGAUACAGGCGAGGCAACAGAUCGCUCCUCAGUAAUCUCAGCGACAAGCCCUCUGGCGCGGGAUCGGCUCCGGCGAAUGCCCCGGCGAGUGCUGCUGACCUCGAAGAGGACGAGGACUAUGACAUCCCGCCGGAGAUGGAGGAGAUCAUCGGGCUUCUCCUCGACGGUCUCAGAGACAAGGACACGAUCGUGCGCUGGUCCUCGGCCAAGGGCAUCGGGCGCAUCACGGAGAGGCUGCCCAAGGAGCUGGGCGACGAGGUGGUGCAGGGCGUCAUCGACCUCUUCUCCUUCACCGAAAGCGAUGGGGCGUGGCAUGGUGGUUGCUUGGCCUUUGGCGAGCUCGCCAGAAGGGGUCUGCUGCUCACCCACCGGCUGGCGGACAUCGUGCCGCUGGUCACCAAGGCACUCCUCUACGACGUGAAAAAAGGUUCGCACAGCAUUGGUGCACAUGUGCGGGACGCCGCUUGCUACGUCGCCUGGGCCUUUGCCCGGGCCUACGAGCCGAGUGUCAUGGCACCGCACGUGGUGGAGCUCGCGCCUACGCUCAUCAUCACCGCUCUGUUCGAUCGGGCAGCGAGCGCUGCAUUCCAGGAAAACGUGGGACGGCAGGGGAGCUUUCCCUUUGGAAUAGACAUCAUCAAGCUGGCGGACUACUUCACGCUCUCGAGUCGGAAGAACGCCUAUGUCACCAUCAGCGUGGAAUUGGCCAAGGUUACCGGCAAGGACGGGAUCUAUUUCCGACCAAUGGUGGACCACUUGCUCCGGGUCAAGGUGUCGCACUGGGAUCGGACUCUGAGGAAGCUGGCAGCCAAGGCGCUGCGCGGGCUAGUACCGAUCGACCCGCUCUAUUUUGCCCAGACCGUGUUGCCCUAUCUCGUACACGCCAACCUCAACGAACGGCAUGGAAGCCUCACGGGCGUGGCCGAGGUGACUCUCGGCCUCGCCGAGCUCCAGAUAUUUGACGACAGCGCCAAUACGCAGCUCACAGAGAGUGUGGUGAGCGUCGUGCCAGACAUCGAAAAGGCGCGGCUGUACCGAGGCAAGGGCGGAGAGCUGAUCCGACACGCCGUCUGCAAGCUCAUCCGUGCCAUCUCCGUGUCCCGUCUGCCACUGCCGCCCCAACCGCUCAACACACAGGCGACGCAGGCCGAGGCGGCACCACAACCAGCGGGCAGGCAGAGCAUACAGGACAUCCGGAACAGACGGGCCGCCGUCAAGUCACGAGCGCUAAUUUACACGGAGUCGCUCAACGACCACAUCAAGCACCCCAACGAAGACAUACAGCGAGCGGCUGCACUCGCCUUUACUGCUUUUCACCAGGUGUAUACCUACAAGACGAGCGACGAGUGGAAGGAUAAGUUCGUGGACACCUACGCGUCGGUGCUUCUGGGCGAUCUGUCCGGGGUGAUCGCAUCGGUCCGCCGAGGCUACGCGCUCACUCUUGGCCAUCUUCCCGCGUCGUUCUUGCUCAAUCAGCAGAGGGUCGACCGCGUGGUGGCCGCACUCGUCAAGGCGUCGACCGUGGAAGCGGUAUCCGAGCAACGGGAUCCCGAGUCGCGCCGCAACGCGGUGCACGCUCUGGCCAAGCUGGUGGACUCCCUCAGCGAAGACGAGAUUGUGCGCAAGGGGAAGGAGGUGUUCGACGCGCUCCUGGCGGCGCUGGACGACUACAGCGUGGACAACCGGGGCGACGUCGGGUCGUGGGUCCGCGAGGCGGCGCUGAAGGCCGCGGAGAAGUGGGCGCUGCGCAUGGCCGCCGUCACGACCACCCAGCUGAUCACCGCCGAGAUGUCCCAGGGCCUGUUCAGUCGGGUGCUGCGGCAGCUGGCCGAGAAGAUCGAUCGCCUGCGCGCGCACGCUGGAGAUACGCUCGAGCGUCUUCUCUACCCCGCGGAGGAGGGCCUCCGCAUGCCCCUUGUGCCGCACCGCGAGCAGCUCAAGCAGGCGUUCCCGCGAGGCGGCGUGGCGAACUGGGCUGUGUCCUCGGUCACCUUCCCGCUGCUGGUUCCCUUCCUCCGCUACGACGCGUACAGGGACGACGUGCUAACCGGUCUGGUGACAAGCGCGAGCGGCAGCCAAUCGCUCGUGCAUGACGCGAGUGACGCGCUGAUGUGCUUCCUGCGCGAUGUGAGGAAUUCGGAGGAGGCGGGCCUCACGGACGGGCAGCAGCCGGAGGCGGACGCGGCCCAGCGCUUUGAGGCCUCGCUCCUGCGCAAGAUCUCGUCGUCGCUGGUGCAGAUCUUCAAGCGCCACCUUUACACCGACCGCAUCACCGUGCCACUGAUGAAGACGCUCCACACCAUCCUGGCUGACGGCGUCUUCUCUUGCCUGCGACCGCCUAGGUUCUCGUGGAGCAAGAACAUGGUCAUUCUGUGCCGGGCAGAGGUCAGCAAAACUAACGACAUCCCCAAGCUGGUGUGCGCCGCGCGAGUAUUGUGCGGCAUUCUCGCGUUUGGCGACCCAGCACGAACGGAGUCACUCAAGCUGCUCACCACCCUGCUCGCCCACAAAUACCCUCGCGUGAGGCAGCAGGUCGCGGAACAGCUCCACGCUACGUUCAGUGCCUCCGGGCAGCCCGACCUCCAGCCCGUGCUAGCCCUGCUGGCCGACACGCACUGGGACCAAGCCAUGAACGACGUGGUCGUGGCCAGGGACGCCUUGCGUGGCCUCCUUGCGAUUGGCUCCUAG